CAAGAAUUCAACCUCUAGAACUGAAGCAUAAGAAACUCCCCAUAUUUUACCAAAGAGAACCUUCUUACCAGCCUGUCAUGCUCCAUAAGACUACAACUUGUACUAUUUAACAGCUUCCCAUAAUUUCUUUCAUCACUUGCUUAGCAACAACUAUUUCUAAUUACAUUGCUGAUGACUUAUCCUGAAUUAUUACAAGCAAAUCCAGUUGUCACAUUUAUAUAUAUAUAUAUAACCAAUAUUCAACUUAUUACACGCCCAGCAUGGGCUUGACAGUUUGCUUUUAAGUUUUUGACCAGCACUACAUAAAUGACUAAAGAGUAUAGCCUCUUUGAUUAUUUGAUUUUUGCAUGUUCCCAGGCACAGUUGAUGGCUCUUCUUCUUCAUGGAUUUUGUUAAACUCAAUUGGGUUUCUCAUGAUUCUUCAAUUUGAACAUCUAUAUAUAGGCCUAAACUUGUACAAGAUCCUCACAAAGUCACUUUGUGCAAUAAUAUAUUGUGACUGCAGGAACAAUGCCUGACUGCUGCAAAACUUCUGUUGAGCUUCCCAUUCUUGACAUUUCCAAGCCGUUAUUACAUCCAUCUUCUCUGUCCUCCCUUGCUGAAGCCUGCAAAAAAUGGGGUUUUUUUCAUAUAAAAAAUCAUGGAAUCUCCAAACAACUUUACAACAAAAUCUAUUCGUAUUCGCAGGAUAUGUUUAACCUUCCUUCUGAUGCAAAACUUGAACUGGGCCCUUCAUCUUCUUUGAAAACUUAUACUCCUCAUUUCAUUGCUUCCCCUUUCUUUGAGAGUCUCCGAGUUUCAGGACCUAACUUCUUUGCAUCUGCUCAGAGUUCUGCAAACGUCCUUUUUAAUCAACAGAGCUGCGAAUUUAGCGAGGCGCUUCAGGAAUAUGGGAACAAGAUGACAGAGCUAUCAAAAAGAAUCAUAGAGAUUCUCUUGCUGAGCUUGGAAGAUGGCCUUGACCAUAAGAAGUACUAUGAAUCAGAAUUCAAGAAUGGCCAUGGAUAUUUGAGGAUUAUAAACUACACACCUCCAAAAUGUCUGGAUGAUGAGGUUGAGGGCCUCGGGAUGCAUACAGAUAUGAGCUGCGUAACGAUUGUAUACCAAGACCAAAUUGGUGGGCUUCAGGUGAAAUCUAAGCAAGGGAAGUGGAUGGACAUAAGUCCCUGUGAGGAGACUUUGGUGGUGAACAUAGGAGAUAUGUUGCAAGCUUGGAGCAAUGAGAAAUUUAGAUCAUCAGAACAUCGAGUUGUUUUGAAGCAACCAGUUAACCGAUUCUCUCUUGCUUUUUUCUGGUGCUUUGAGGAUGAGAAGAUGAUCUUGGCACCAGAUGAAGUAGUUGGAGAAGGACAUGCAAGAAUUUACAAGCCCUUUGUUUGUUCAGAUUAUUUAAAAUUCAGAGAAAGCAGUGAGAGAGGGAAGUUUGAAAAGGUUGGCUUUACUGUCAGAGAUUUCGCCGGAAUAAAUCUCUGAAUGUCAUGGCAGGAAAUCCAAGUUGAAAUAGUUAUUCUUCAAGUACUUUGGUUAUAUUAUUUAUUCAUGUUAGCUAGCUAGAGCAAGUUAUGGUUUGUAAAGUCAUGAGCUGGGUUGGUCGAGUUUGGGAGGCUUGA